GCAGCGCUCGAAAGGGAGCACCAGUGGCGGUGGUAUAUCCGCUCUUCUUUCCUCCCCACGAGUCGGCAAGCGUCGCGACGCCCUGAGGGACUCCGACUCCGACCCCGGAAGCUCCGCCCCUGUGGAAGUCGGGCCGCCAACCGGCAUAUCCAGCGUACGGUAGGAGGAGCCACCGUGUCCCCUUGGCGCCAGGUAACUCACGAUCCUGGAACAACCGAGGCUAGUCCGUUGCCAUUUAGUACCGCGCCGACUCUCGAGCGAGCGUUGUCUUCUUCGUUUUUUUCCUCCUUUCCCUCCUUCCUCGCCUCGCCUCGCCUCGCCGUCACAUCCCGGAAGAAGAGAGCGAAACAACGAAGGGGGCCUCUCGAUCUUCUUCUCUCUGCCUUUUUUUUUCUCCCUUCCCUUCUUCUUCUCUCUCUGUCUCUCCCUCCUCCUCCUCGUCGCCGCUCGUGCCGCGAAGCACAACACACAACAAACAACAACUCCGUCCGCUCGGAUAGACGUGCACGGGAGCCGUGUGAGCGAGCAGUUUUUCCCGGAUCGGGGACGAAGUUAGUUCGAAAGUUAGUUAGUGCGAGAAAUUCGGAUUCUCUCUCUCUUCUCGUUUUUCGAUCGAGCGUGAAAGUAUAUAGUAGAGAGAGAGAGAGAGAGAAUAUUUUUGACAAGCAAGAGGAUGGAGACGAAGAUGGAACCGUUGACACCGCCGCACACACCGCCCAUGAUGGAAAGGACGAUGCAUCAACAGUUGCACACGUCCAGGUGGUUAAGAUCGAGCCAACACUUCGCUCACAGGUUUGGAGGCCAGCCACCAAAUUCGAACGGGGGACAGAACAGCGUUGGUUAUCAGACAGCGUUCCUCAACAAUUGGCUGAGGGAUGCCGCGUUGCUGGCAGUCAGGGGUUGUUGCCCCCAAACGCCCUCCGCUCACCAUUAUCAUCAUCACCAUCAUCAUCACGGCCAUCAUCAUCAUCAUCAGAGUGCUGUCCAUCCAGCGCUCCCGGUCCCACCUCCCGCCUCCUUCCUCACAAGAAGGCUGCCCGGCCAGAGACCGAAGAAACAGUUCAUAUGCAAAUUCUGCAACAGACAGUUCACCAAGAGCUAUAAUCUGCUGAUACACGAGAGGACCCACACGGAUGAGAGACCUUAUUCCUGUGACAUUUGCGGGAAAGCGUUUAGAAGGCAGGAUCAUCUGAGGGAUCAUCGUUACAUUCACAGCAAGGAGAAGCCUUUCAAAUGCAGCGAAUGCGGGAAAGGAUUUUGUCAAAGCAGGACUCUCGCCGUGCACAAGAUACUUCACAUGGAGGAAUCUCCCCACAAGUGUCCCGUCUGUUCAAGAAGCUUCAACCAAAGGAGCAAUCUGAAGACUCAUCUUCUCACCCACACGGACGUCCCCCAAGAUUUAAGAAUCGAGGGAUCGGUGGGAUCGGACGCGAAGAUCGCCACCACGGCGGCCAGACAGAUGGCGGAUAGGGUGAGUGGACUGAUCCCGAUUCAAAGGACCAGUACCACCCCCAAGCUAGGGUUUAGCAUAGAGGAAAUCAUGAGACGUUAGAAAGAUCGUCCACCAACCCCCAAGCUAAUUUAACUCGAUAGUGUUUAUGGACAACGCUUCGCGCUUUCCCGCGAAAACCGGCGUGCUUCCUUGAGGAUCGUUUAGGCAAACGAUUUUGCGAUUUUGCGUCCCGUCGAAGGCUGGUUUUUCUAUUCGUAUCGUUAAAUUAUCUAUAUGUAUCCAAUAUUGAGUUAUAUAUUAACGAAUCUCUCUAAAAAUAUGUACUUUUUAGAGAGUACAUAUUUAAUAUGUCUGAUAUAUUGAUGACUGAGAGAGAGAGAGAGUUUAGUUAUUUAUGAGAAAAUAAAUAAAAAAAAGAAAAAAAAAUUAUGUACGUUCUUCCACUACGAGUAUUUUCCACUGUUGUUCGAUUUACUUUGAUCAAAUCACGACAUUAGAAUCGUGAUUCUGAAAUUCUUUGAACGAAUAAUUAUUACGAAGCACGCUGGUUUCGAGUAUAUAAUAGUAUAAUUCGCGUUGUAAAUAUAAUUUCCUUGCCUAAAUUAUUCAAUUUAAUAUGCUGUUCAUGUCGCGAAGAGGGAGGGACAACUUAGCUUGCCAACUUCGUUUUCCCUUUUCCCUUUCUCCUUCGACUUGUAAAUAAUCUUGUACUUAAAUAUUGUAAUUGUACGAUAGUAGCUAAAUUACUCGAAUAUUACGAAUGUAAUACGUUGUAAGGUAUUCAUCGCGGAAAGUAGAUAAAUUAUCAUACGUCACAGUCAUACGAGUCUUUUACUUCUAAUUUAUUCUUGUUUCGAGCCAAAAAUCUUUUGAGAAAUCUUUGUUCAUAACAUUUUCCGUUUCCAUUCGUCGCUUGAAUUCGUUCACAACACAAUUUGUACAAUGUACAAAUUCAAUCUUUCAGUAGAUUGAAACGAUCAAUUGUAAACUGCAUUUAUUGAAUAUUCAAAUAAUUUUUGUACUUAAAAAUUUCAUGGAUGUUAAAAUUUCCUUUUCAAUCGAAUGUAAUAACAUGCAUUUGAAGAAGAAUUUUAAUUAUAAUAUUGAAUAUUUCAAAAUUUGUAAAAUUGCUUUCUCUCACUUUCUUUCUCUUUCUUUUCAUUAAAUGAUGAUCAAUGAAUUGAUGAACAAUCAUUUUCGAGAAUUCACGUUGCAGUAUUAUCAGUAUAUAGAAUUUUACAAUUUUUAUUUUAUUAGCUUAUUGAAUAUUCAUAUUGCAGA